CAACUAGUGUCAUUUGAGCCAACCCCUCUCCUCAUUCCUUUCUCUUCAUUAGUCUUCCAUCCUUUAUUUACCUUUCAUACACACACACAACAUACACUAGAGAAAAUAGAUGGCACCUUUGAUAAUGAUUCCCCUCUCUCUCUUAUUUCUACUUCUUCUCCAAUUUCCUUUCCAAACCAUCUCAAUCAACUCUGAAGGGAAUACUCUUCAUGCUUUGAAGAUCAGACUUUCUGACCCCAACAAUGUUCUUCAGAGCUGGGACCCAACUUUGGUUAAUCCAUGUACUUGGUUUCAUGUUACAUGUGACAUCAACAAUCAUGUCACUCGUUUAGACUUGGGAAAUGCUAAUGUUUCUGGAACCUUGGGCUCAGAACUUGGCCACCUACACCAUCUACAGUAUCUGGAGUUGUAUGGGAAUGACUUAAGAGGAAAGAUUCCUAAGGAACUUGGAAACUUGAAAGCACUUAUUAGCAUGGAUUUGUAUGAUAACAAGUUGGAGGGGAAAAUUCCAAAAUCAUUUGGCAAGUUGAAGUCAUUAAAAUUCUUGCGGCUAAACAACAACAAGUUGACAGGAUCUAUCCCAAGAGAACUCACUCGUCUCAAAAAUCUCAAAAUCUUUGAUGUUUCUAAUAAUGAACUUUGUGGAACAAUACCAGUAGAUGGCAACUUUGGAUCCUUUCCAAUAAAGAGUUUUGAAAACAACAGACUAAGCGGUCCGGAGCUGAAAGGACUUGUUCCGUACGAUUUUGGAUGCUGAAGAAAGAUAGAUUUUUUUUGUCAUCUUAACAGACAGCAAUGAAGCAAACAGUGGUGUUAUAAUUUCCUCAUCAAUAUUUCAUCAGUGUUUACUUUUAUUGAUUAGGAAAAUUAAAAUUUGAGAAAGUAAGUUGUAAUCUAUGUUUGUCUUAUUUUGUUUCAAAAAAGAAGGUAGUGGUCUUAAGAAUGGUGAAAAAAAAGAGCUUAAUGAUUAUGCACUGACAUGUAAAAUAAUUUUACACCGUCGUUUGAUGAGAA